CGUACGGCUCCUUGUCCAGCCCGUCGGAUGUCUAGAAUGUGACACGAUCUCCGCCGUCCGCGCUUCCCAUGGUUUGUUCUCUUGCUCGUGAAGAAGGGUUCGCCUAGCGCGCUCUCGGCGAUGGACCCAUCGUGGAGCGGCAGUGCGCGAGGAGCCGAGUCGCCGGCUCUGCGGGAAUUUGGUGAUCUCGGUUUUCUCCUAAGCAUUCUAGCCUAAAUGGUUUUCGGGAAGCAGAAUAAGAUGAAAGGGGCCGCAGCUACUUACGUCCACGCUGGGAAUGUCAUCGUCGCCAAGGACCCAGUGCUUGAGUUCUUCCAGGCUCCCAAGCGAAAGUCGUCCGUGGUUCCCGAGUUUGAAAACGAUGGUGAUCUCAUGCCGGUGACGGUGGAGCCGAGCCAGAUGGGGCUCCACAACCAGGAAAGCAUAGAAGUUUCAGGGAGCCGCAGCGACUUUUGCGAGAGCAGCACGUCCGGAAGAGGUGAAAAGAAUUUGUCGAACGGGGAUUUCUACGCCGGCUCUUUCGAAGGUGGGAUUCCGGAGGGUGACGGCAAGUACUUGUGGUCGGAUGGGUGUAUGUACGAGGGGCAGUGGGGGAAGGGGAAGAAAACAGGGAGAGGGAAGAUCUCUUGGCCGUCAGGGGCGACUUACGAGGGAGAUUUCAUGUGUGGUUACAUGCAUGGAUCAGGAACUUUUACUGGGACCGAUGGCACCACGUACAAAGGCAGCUGGAAGAUGAACUUGAAGAAUGGACUGGGACGGAAGCGUUAUGCAAACGGUGAUGUCUACGAGGGGUCUUGGAAGGAUGGAGCUCAAGAAGGUCCCGGUCGGUAUGUUUGGGCGAAUGGAAACGAGUAUAUGGGAGACUGGAAAGGAGGUUUGAUGUGCGGCAGGGGAGUUCUUACUUGGGCUUCUGGUGAUUGUUACGACGGGCAGUGGCUGGAUGGGCUGGAAAACGGGCACGGUGUGUAUACUUGGUCGGAUGGAACAGUCUACAAUGGUAACUGGAGUAAAGGGCUGAAGGAUGGCAAAGGAGUCUACUAUCCGCCCGGCAGCUUUAGUGUAGAUACUGCAGGUUUUGAUAGGAAUGCGACGGUAGGAAAACAGUUAGCGGGACCACGUAGGAAUCGAGCUCCUUCUCUUGAUUUCGAUCAAGCAAUCCGGCAACAGCAUGAUUUUGGUCCGAUGAAGUCUUAUUCGGCUGAGCAGACUACACUAGAGAAGGCAUUACAGGCAGAUUCUGCGGAGAGAAUUUUUGAUAGUGACGAGUACCACGGUGCAGAUCCAGUGGUGGAAAGAGAGUACGUUCAGGGAGUACUGAUCAAUGAAAUCGUCAAGAAGGUACCAGCUAAUGUUGCGAGCACACCGAAAAGUACGAAGCGGCGUUAUAAGAAGCAUGUGAAAGAGAUUAAAAGGCCAGGAGAAACAAUUAUCAAAGGACACAGGAGCUAUGAUCUUAUGCUGAAUUUGCAGCUGGGAAUAAGGUAUACUGUGGGAAAGAUAACACCUGAGCCAAAGCAUGAUAUUGAACCUUCAAACUUUGGGAGGAAAGCCAGAUUCAGGAUGAACUUUCCUCGUGCAGGGUCUCAACUUACGCCUUCGCACCAGUCAGUGGACUUCAAAUGGAAAGAUUAUUGCCCGAUGGUCUUCAGGCACCUUAGAGAGCUUUUCAAAAUCGAUGCUGCUGAUUAUAUGCUCUCUCUUUGUGGAAACGAUGCUCUUCGAGAACUUUCUUCUCCGGGCAAGAGUGGCAGCGUCUUCUAUCUAUCGCACGACGAUCGAUUCAUAAUCAAGACCAUGCGCAAAUCGGAAGUCGAGGUCCUACUUGAUAUGCUUGCUUCUUAUUAUGAUCAUGUACUUGUACACGAGAACACCUUGAUUACAAAGUUUUUUGGCCUUCAUCGUAUCAAGCCUCAGGGGGGGCGAAAGGUUCGUUUUGUAGUAAUGGGAAACAUGUUCUGCACAGACCUUCGUAUACACCGGAGGUUCGAUUUGAAGGGGUCGUCACUGGGGCGGUCGACGGAAAAUGUCGACAUUGAUGAAAACACGACGUUGAAAGACUUGGACUUGGACUUCGUGUUUCAUCUAGAGCCUACUUGGCGCGAUACAUUCAUGAGGCAAAUCGAGCUGGAUGCAAAGUUUCUGGAAUCCCAGAGGAUUAUGGAUUAUAGUCUUCUUCUGGGCGUUCACUUCCGAGCACCCCAGUAUCCAGCUGUUUUCUCACCGGUGACCUUCCCCAAGAAAAUCAACAAGUCCGACAUUGAGGAGGAUUGGCCAUCCAAGAACCUUGUUCUAGUAGCUCACGGAGCUAGUCCAACGGGAGAAUCAGGGGCAACAACCCCGGGAUCUCACGUCCGGGGCAGUCCGUUAAAACCCGCUGGAAACGAAGAGGUUGAUUUACUUCUUCCCGGCACUGCAAGGCUACGAAUCCAGCUUGGCGUGAACAUGCCCGCUAGAGCUGACCGAGAGGCACCACACGACGGUGGUCAAGAGGAGUCUUUUGGAGAAGUCUAUGACGUGGUGCUGUACUUUGGAGUUAUUGACAUCUUGCAGCGCUACGACAUCACCAAGUGGGUGGAGCACACGUACAAAUCGUUGCAGUUCGACGCAGUCUCCAUCUCCGCAGUCGAUCCAAAAGUGUACGCAAAGAGGUUUCAGGAUUUCAUCGAGAAAGUUUUCCCGAGGUGAUGUAAGUCGGCAUUAGCAACUGUGAAAUGCAUACUGCUUUUUUUUUUGUGCU